AUGAAUAAAAUAUUGAAAAAAAAGUUUUAAAAUAUCAGUUAGAAUCCCCAUCAAUGUGUUGAUCAAUAGAUUUUAGGAUUACUAGAAAUAGGAAAAAUAAAAAAUGCAAUAGAAUUAUAUAAUUAAAAUAUUCAAGUUAUUAAGGAAAGCAACUUAAUUGACUAAAUAUUCAGUAAAGCCUAAGCUGUAUAGAGCAUAGAAUUUUUAGAUUGUAUUAAGGAAACUACUGAAUUAACUUAGCAGCAGUACGAAUCAUAUAUACUUAAGACAGUUUUACCUCUUAAAGGUUAUGAUUACAGUCAAAAAAUGGCAAAAUAAAUUUCCAACAAAUAAAUACAGCAAGAGAUAAUCUAAAAGCUAAAAAUCCAUGAACAAAUGGUGAGUGGAAGAAAAAAUUAAAUCGGUAGCAAAGAAAAUAGUAAUUCGUAAAAAGUCAUGCAAUAAAGUUAGCUCAGCUAACUUCAAUAAAGCUAAUUGUAAUAAAACAACUAAAAUAUAAGUGAUAAAGAUUUAUUAUAGAGUGACUAAAGCCAUUUAAUUUAGAAAGUUAGCCGUCAGAAUUUAAUGUAGCAAAGCUAAAACAAAAAAAACAAUUAAAAAUAUAUGAAGAUAGCAACAUUAUGCUUUUUGGCCCUUUUUCUUAUAUAUAUCUAAAAAAAAUUUAAUAUUAGCAGUAAGUUGGUAGGAGUUCUCAAGAUUUUGUUAGGCUUACAAUGA